AUGCCUUCCGGCCGCAGGUCUGGACGCUUCAAAGGCCCCAGGGCCGUCUACAUUGAUGAUCCAUUUAAGGCAGCCGGGAUCAGUGAUGACGAGGACCCCACCAAGCAGGAAAUCCUUGCCAAAGGGAAAAAGAAGCGCGCCCAAACGGAAGAUUCGGCCUCAGAUAAUGAAUUUGUCGCUGGCUCAGGCGAAGAAGCCGAAGAGGGAAUUGAUGAAGAAGAUGACCUCGAAGACGACCCCGAAGUCGAACCAGAAGAGGAAUUAGGAUCAGAAGCUGAUGCCUCUGACCCCGAAGAAAUGGAGAUUGAUGACAUCAAGAAUACUCCUAGGAAAGAGCGUCCAGGGCGUUCAGUGUCGUACCAAUACGAUCCGAAUAUCAAGAAACGAAGAGCCGAUGGCACAGUUAUGCCAUCAGAUGAAGAUACACACAUUCGUGGAAUCAUCGAGCCCAGAGAUCACUUGUCAAAAGGUGUCUAUUACAAUCUCACCUUCGGUUCCGACGAUCGAGAUCUGAUGCCAGCCGUCCACUUCCGAAUGCGAUGGAACAAGGGUGUAGAUGCGGUCUUUCCCUCUCGCUUCACCUUGGAGGAUAUGGAGAAGAAGCCUGAAUACCUGUACGGGCCCACAUUUGGGGUUCACCCAGAUGAUGUUAUCAAAGAAAGCACCCGUGGAUGGGACUGGUAUUACAAGCGGGACACUGGUGAGAGGUUCCGGAAAAGACAGCGCAUUGAUACAAUGGAAGGAUCACUGGCGUACCAAAAUUACCUCCCUCAACCAGAUGUACGAAAGCAUGGUAUUUUACUGGGCCCGCAUGAUAAUCAACAAGUCUUCGAGCUAGGCUAUCAUGAGUCUUUCGACUUUGGAAAAGCCUGGGAGAAAUCAAGCACCAAAGCAGACCAGUCAGAAACCAGGACCAAAAGGGUUCGGGAAGGUUGGAUGUUAAACAUUGGCCAAAAGGCACAUUGCAUGGCUUGGGCUCCAAACCAGAAUGGUCUGAGCCAGUAUCUUGCUGUGGCCGCGCCGAUUACAGAAGACCAGAAAAACCAGUACAGAUCAGAGGAAAAUGAGCCCAUUUCAUCGUUUCAACCCUCAGACCCUUUCCCUAGUGCUCUGCAGAUUUGGGAGUUCAAAGCCAAACCGAGUGAGACACCUACAAUGACUCUCGAUAUGACCUUCAAACCCCGGCUUCGACAAGUCUUGUGUGCUGAUUGGGGGGACCUGAGACGAAUGGUAUGGUGUACUUUACCCCAGGCCGAACGAGCGGAGGACGAAGAAGAAAAAGCAUCCAUCGGUCUACUCGCAACAGUAUGGGGCGAUGGAAAUGUCAGAGUUCUGGAUAUCAAAACAGGUAGAGGGUCACAAGAAACAGAAUUCCGUGGGUGUCCCUUUUCAGAGAUUUUCACGAGCCCCGCUAAUGUGCACGAGAUAGUCAAAGUCAAAUCGCCUGCGUUUGAGGCAAGACCGCCAUCAACAGUCUGCACAUGUGUCACAUGGCUAUCCCCUAGUGAUCUUGCAGUGGGCUGCGGUAAUGGCUUUGUGGCAGUCUGGAAUAUCGCACCUUCCUCUGCAUCUGAACCUCUGCCUUACUUCUAUCAGCCAAUCCACGCCACGUAUAUACUCAAUAUCACAUCGGCAUACCCGGUCCAUCCCCAACUAAUCAUCACUGUUUCUAUGGAUGGUGAAACAAGGAUGUGGUCGGCCCUCGAUCCGACCAGGGAAAUGACCUCAACGGGCCGCAUGCGAGGGGCCUCUCCCCACAUCAGUUAUUCUCCCAUCUGCCAGUCCGUUGUUGGCGGGGAUGAAAACGAAUUCGCUCGCAUCAUUCCAAUUCGACGGUUUUUUACCACCACCACCAUUGCGCGGCUCAGCAGCACCGUCUCGGCCAUGGCGCAAUGCAGUCAUUACCACCCCUGUGCCCUGUUUGGCAGUGCCGCAGGCGAAGUCGUAGGAACGAAUCCCUUCCGACGAGUUGUUUACAACAAAGAGCAGAUAUGGCAGCAGAUAUGGUUUACACAUGAAUGGAUUCCCACCUCCAAGACAGACACUGUGGGCACCAGUCGAUUCUAUGACGGAUACCGGGCAGAGAACCAGAAGCUGGCAACGCACAAGCUGUAUGAGACCAACCCUGUCAGUGGUAUGGGGACCUCGACCAUUUACGAAGAAAACACCCACGUCACAGCCCUCGGGUGGAACCCCAACCGCCCCUGUGCAGCCUGGGCCAGCGCUGCGUUGGGGUGUGGAUUGGUGAGAGUGGAAGAUCUUGCCGUAUAG